UGUGCUUGGUCAAGUCGUGAGUUCUUUGCAGAAAACCUUGCAUGUCUAGACGUAUAAAGGUUAAAUUCAGGACAUGGCGGGGACGUGUGGGGAGGUGGGGAUGAAUAUUUUCAUACCCCUGGCCCUUUAAAUUGCAAACUCCACCUCCCCAAUAUUAACAUUGUCUAAACAGCAUUUUGGGUGUCAGUUCCACAUCACUUAAGAGAGUUGUGUGCCUCUGUGUAGCAUUGGCCAUGCUUUCAUCCUUCUCGAUUCCCUCUUAUCCCCCUGUCUUGACCGGGGGCCAGUAUUUCGACAGGUUUAAAGACUAUCUCAACCUGUCGAAGGUCAUCCUGGAGAUCAUUGAGGACCGGAAGAAGGGGCAGGCUGGUUUUCCGGUCUGGGGUCCCCUUGACUGCAGUGAUGUGCCCUUGGGACCCCUUGAAGACCCCUUGGGGGUCCUGGCUCAGUGGGCCAUCAGCAGCGGGAGCAGCAGCUCGGAGGGUGGGGCGAACGGCGAGGCGUCGCAGCCCCCCCAGCAAGCCGCCAAGGGGAUGAUCUGCAACUUCUGCAAGCACAACGGAGAGUCCAAGAACGUCUACACUUCCCACCCGCUGAAACGGGCCGACGGGGUGGUGGCCUGCCCCAUCCUUCGCAACUACACCUGCCCGCUCUGCGGCGCCACAGCUGGCAAGGCCCACACGCUCAAAUAUUGCCCGCUCAACCAGGAGAAGCAGUCGCUGUAUCGCAAGUGCGGACGCAACUCGGCCGGGCGCAAGGUGAAGAGAUGAAGCGAGGGACCUCCCUGCCCAGGAACGAAGAACCACCGACCCACAACUACUGUAAUUAAGAACCAGAGAUAAGACGGAACACAUCGCCAGGCAACAGUUUUGACACCGGCAACUCCAAACUCCAAAAAAACCCAACCUCCCCUUUCAAAAUACAUUUAAAUCAAGACAUUUAUUUUGUGUUAUUUCCUUUCUACGCCAGGAAGAUGACGGAUGCUGCAACAAGUGAUCUUUUUUAAAAGACACAUAUGGGAUAUCAUGAAAAUGCACCCUGCUUUUCAGUUUGAAGAACGGAAAUCAGCCUAGUUUGUUUCCCAAAAUCUGUGAGUUCAUAACACUUUCGUUUCUUGCUUUUUUCAAUGUCUGCAAUUGUCUUAAAUUUUUUCAGGGCCACUUGUUGCAUGAUGGAAGCAGCUAUUUCCCCCUCCAAGAAUCCUAAAACAAAUCCCAAAAGUUGCCAUUUUGUUUCUUAUAUCGUGUGUGUUUUGUAUAUGUGAGAAAAGUUUAUAUGCUUUGAAAAGAAAUAUUUUUAUAUAUAUUUU